GUCGUCGUCCCACCCUUCUCCCGCGCGCCAAAAUCAAACUAGUCUGGCUGCAGCGCGCGAGCGCAGCUGUGUGUCCCGCGUUUCCCACGUUCCCGCGCCUUCCUAAUUUUCCCGCAUUCGCAUCUGGUCAGAGCCGCGGCUGCAGCUGAGGAGGCGAGAUGGCCACUCCGCCCAAGAGAAGCUGCCCAUCGCCCGCCACCGGCGCCGGGGGAGUCCGCAUCAAGAAGAUCGCUAUCGAAGGCAAUAUCGCUGCAGGAAAGUCGACAUUUGUAAAUAUCCUUAAGCAAGUCUCUGAUGAUUGGGAAGUAGUUCCUGAACCUGUUGCCACGUGGUGCAGCGUUCAAAACACUCAAGAUGAAUUUGAGGAACUGACAACUUCUCAGAAAAGUGGUGGAAAUGUGCUUCAGAUGAUGUAUGAAAAACCAGAACGAUGGUCAUUUACCUUCCAAAUCUAUGCCUGCUUAAGCAGAAUACGAGCUCAACUCUGCGCUCUCAAUGGGAAGCGGAAAGAGACUGAGAAGUCUGUAGUGUUCUUUGAACGCUCUGUGUACAGUGACAGAUAUGUUUUUGCAUCUAAUUUGUAUGAGACUGAUUGUAUGAAUGAAACAGAAUGGACAAUUUAUCAAGACUGGCAUGACUGGAUGAAUAAACAGUUUGGAAAAAGUCUUGAAAUGGAUGGAAUAAUUUAUCUUCGAGCUAUUCCAGAGAAAUGUUUAAAUAGAAUUUACUUGAGGGGAAGAGAAGAAGAACAAGAAAUUCCUCUUGAAUACUUAGAAAAGCUACACCAUAAACAUGAAAGCUGGCUCCAGAAUAGAACACUGAAAACCAACUUUGAUUAUCUACAUGAGAUACCCAUUUUAACACUGGAUGUUAAUGAAGAUUUUAAGGACAAGCAUGAAAAUCUCAUUGAAAAGGUCAAGGAAUUUUUGAGCACUUUGUAAUAUUACAGAAAUCAAUUGACAACCAGUGAUUGAAGUACUUGAGUUUUCUGCAUUUUCACCUUUGACGUAACCACAACUGAAAACAUGAAUCGUGCAUGAACUGUGCAAUAUUUUUUCUUUAGAAAAUCUGUGUAAAAGAUGAUGACCACAUUUUUAGCAUCUCGUAAUUAUGGAAACCUUUAUGAAAUUAUAUCGCAAAAACAUGACUUCAGUAUGAAUUAAGGUAGCUUUAAACUAUGAUGUUUAUAAUGUCAAGGGAAUCUAUAAUAGGAGAGUCCCCAGAUGUUUCAUUAAAAUUUUUUUUUCCAGUGUCUGUCUCUUCUGUCCCCUAAUUUAUAAGUAAAGUAAAAUAAGGUUCAAUAUAUUAUCAUUUCAUUAAUAUUUAUUGUUGUAUUGUCUGUAAGACUGUUGCUAAAUAAGGAGAUGGGUUUAUUCUCAAGUUUGGCCACUGACAGAUGGAAGUUAUAUUGUAUAAUUUGCUUGAUCUCUUCUGUGAUUUUGUUUCUUCAUCUGUAGCAUGGGGGAGAUUUUUUUCUCAUCUUCCAUGUUCACAGCGAUAUUGAAGAUUUAAUGUAUUAUAUUUUAAGAUCUAGGUGUUUGAUGAGAAUAAAUUAUUCCUAUGGAACCUUUGGAUAGGUGCCUUCCAUUUUCCAUCUCAUCUACCUUUUUAGAAGAGAAGAGGAUUAUUAUAAAUAUUAACUUGUUUAUAAUAUGUUGUUCCUUAAGAAAUUACUAGUUGUAGAUAAUUUUUCCACUUCAUGUUUAACGUCUACAGAUGUUGAGGGGGGGAUGUCUAAAUCCAAGACAGAUUGUCUUUCUGUCUUGAAGUGAUUGGGUAGUUGAUUAGACUUUAAUGAGUGGAGGAAAAAACUAUUUGCAUCUGCAUAUUUCCAUUUAUUUUGAGAGCACUAAGUUCUCACUUCAGUUUCCCUUGCUUUUGCAAAUUUUUCUCUGAAGAUUUUUUUAAAGUAUUGUUUUCCUUUAUAAGAAAUUAAUCCUGAAACUGAUCAUUUUCUUCUGCAAGCAUUGUUUCUUUUUUGUUCAUCCAUGUGAAGAACUAAGCAUAAAAACUCCUUUAGGAAGCAUUUCAUUACUUAUUUAUGUUUUGUUCCUUUAUUGAGAUUUUUAAAAUCUGCAUACAUUCAUAUUAGGUGUAUUAGGUGAAAAUAUUUUUCUGUCAUUUAGGGAAGUAAAAUGUUGGCUUAGCAUAUGUAGCAUUUUCCUUUAGUGAGUUUCAAGAAUAUCUUAUUAAGAUAUCAUUUUUGAAAAAUUCAUUAUUUUAUAGUUGUAAUGUUAUUUGUCUUGAAAUUUUUUAUCUUAUAAUUUUACUAUUCAUUUUAGUAUCAAGGUGAGAGUUUAGUGGAUUAACUAUUUUAAAUGCACUGAUUUUUAUCAAAGAGAUUUGGUUUCAAAUCACCAAAAUAUUUUUAAAAUAUCUAUAUAUUUGUGAGUUGUUUUUAUUUUCCAUAAAUUGUUUUGUCUGCUUAGGUUAGAUAUGUACAUUGAGGUUGUAAAUUCAUUAUGAAAUAAAGUUGGAUUUAAAACUUUAUUUUUAAAAAACUUUUGGGGGAAGAUUUUUUUGGUAAAAAAGGUAGCAGUCUUGUGUGAAUUAUUUAUUUACUGUCUUCUGUUUUUUGAACAUAUUGUAAGUAUUUAGUCUUAAUAAGCAUAUAUUUUCCUAUUUGAAGAAGAGAGGUGGGAUUCUUAAUGAAAGAGGGAAGAGUUUUCCAAGCAGUGUGGGAAUAACAAGAUGAAGCCCAGCAGUAAAAUUCAUUCCAUUUUUCACUGGGCCUCUUUAGUAACUCUCAAGAACAGAAGGGUAACUAACCAUGUAUAGAUAAUUCAGAGUAUGGACAAACUUCUUGGUAGUUUAAAUUAAUUUCCUUCUGUUUAGUGAUGUCUCAGGUAGCUGCUGACCGACUAAACUUGGCUUUUUAUUCUAGAGCCAGUUCUUCAAAGAUCGAUCAGACUUUAGCUUCCAUGUGUACAUGAGGUUUAUGAGGAUCAUUCACCCUUUUUCACACAGAAAUAUUUAUGCAUCCAUACAUAUGUACUUAAUAAUUCACCUUUCCUAGUUUUCUCUUAAGUGCCAAAUUGUACAAGAUAUCCUUACCAUUUACUGUCAGCAGUUGCUGUGUUCUGUAGUCCUCCCACUAAAUGUAUUUAUAGGAUAAAUAUGGACUGUGCCUUUGAUUCUUUUAGGGAAUUUCUUGGUGAUGAAAUUCUUUGCAAUGCAUCUUCUUUGUAACUUAUAACCCUUGAGUAUUAUUUGGAGCAUUGAAUGAAUGAAUGAAAAAACAUUUAUUAAGUUCUAUGUAUUAAGUAUUACAUUAAGUGCUAAUGAUGUAAAUAUAAAAAGCUAAAUGGUUCUUGUUUUCAAGGAACUUAUAUUCUAAUUAGAGCAGACAUGGAUGGAAAAACCUCAAAGACCUAAGGGUUCAUUGACAUAAAGAUGUAAAGUUCAGUGUUUCCUACAUUAUGUCAAUAAGGAAGUCUGUAGGAGGUAGAGGCAAGAUAGAUGGUAAACUCUGGUGGUUCUCCAGCUCACCAGAAGUAGGAGAGUUGAUGACUCUCAUGUAACUAUCCAUGAAUGACAUGGAGCAGGAAGAAGUCAAGAAGGAUGACUAGUAAAGGUAUUUCUACUGUGGAUUCCAGAGGGAAGUGAAGGUGAUGGCAGAUUGCUUCUGCCCAUUGUCAUGCCAAGGGUAAUACAAUAUGCUUCUAUAUUUAUAGUUAAUAAAGUGCUUCAAAAUUUUCCUUUAGAGCAUAAUAUUUCAUCCUUAAACUACAGAGUGUUUUGAUAUUUUGGGUAUUUUCAAAUGAUCAGUGGGAAUCAUCUGCACAUAACACUUUUUUUCCUUAGAAAUUUAUAAUCUUUAAAUUUGUGCUUUUGUUUCAAGGUAGGAUAUCAAUUUAAGAUUGAAUUAAAAUAAUUAAAUUGUUCUUUUCUCAAUAGUUUAUAUGAUGCCCUAGAAUACACAUUUUAAAAAAUUUUUGCACUCCAAAUUUAAAAAGCAUUUUCAUAUAUUUUGCAGAAUCAUAGAGGAUUGUACAUGAAAUUUAAAGUCUAUUAAAAGAGCUUGCUUUUCUUUUAAAUAUAUAAUAAAUUUUAAUAUAUAAUGUUCAAA